AUGGAGCGCCCGGCCGCGGCGACAGCGUGGAUGCUGCUGCUGGCGAUAGUUGCCUACCUGGCGCCAGUCAGUGGCCAAGGAUGUGGCAGUGGGAAUUUCCGCUGUGACAAUGGAUACUGUAUCCCUGAAGCCUGGAGGUGUGACGGGACCAAAGACUGUUUGGAUGACACAGAUGAAAUUGGCUGUCCUCCCCGGUCCUGUGGAUCAGGCUUUUUCCGGUGUCCUGCCGAGGGGACCUGCAUCCCCUUCUCCUGGGUGUGUGACCAGGACCAGGACUGUUCAGAUGGCGCCGAUGAGCAACAGAAUUGCCCUGGGACCACGUGCUCAAGUCAGCAGAUGCCAUGCUCCAACGGUCAGUGUAUUCCCAGGGAGUACAGGUGUGACCACGUCAGCGACUGUCCCGACGGAUCCGAUGAGAGAAACUGCCGUUAUCCAACAUGUGAUCAGCUUACAUGUGCCAACGGAGCCUGCUAUAACACGAGCCAGAGGUGUGAUCAGAAGGUUGACUGUAGAGACUCCUCUGAUGAAGCUAACUGCACCGCACAGUGUUCACACAAGGAGUUUGAAUGUGGCAGUGGGGAGUGCAUCCUCCGCGCCUACGUCUGUGACCACGACAAUGACUGUGAAGAUAACAGCGAUGAGCACAAUUGCACCUAUAACACCUGCGGAGGCCAUCAGUUCACUUGCUCCAGUGGCCAGUGCAUCAAUCAGAACUGGGUCUGUGAUGGAGAUGAUGACUGCCAAGAUUCUAGUGAUGAAGACGAAUGUGAAAGUAAUCAGCGUCAUCAUUCGUGCUACCCGAGAGAAUGGCCUUGCCCAGGGUCUGGACGGUGCAUCUCCAUCGAUAAAGUUUGCGAUGGAGUUCCCGACUGCCCCAAUGGAGAAGAUGAAAACAACACCACGAGCGGAAGGCAAUGUGGCACGAGUCUCUGCUCGUUCUUAAACUGUGAGUACCAGUGCCACCAGACGCCAUUCGGAGGAGAAUGUUUUUGUCCCCUGAGUCACAUCAUCAACACCAAUGACAGCCGUACCUGCACCGAUUUUGAUGACUGCCAGAUAUGGGGAACUUGUGACCAGAAGUGUGAAAAUCGGCAAGGCCGUCACCAGUGUCUCUGUGAAGAAGGGUACGUCUUGGAGCGUGGACAGCACUGCAAAGCCAAUAACUCCUUCAGCGCAGCCUCCAUUAUCUUCUCCAAUGGUCGGGAUUUGCUAAUUGGAGAUCUUCAUGGAAGAAACUUCCGGAUUCUGGUAGAGUCUAAAAACCGUGGACAGGCUACGGGCGUGGAUUUUCACUAUCAAAAGCAAAGAGUCUUUUGGACAGACCCCAGGCAGGAUAAGGUUUUUUCCACUGACAUAAAUGGCUUAGAUACCCAAGAAAUUCUCAAUGUUUCUGUUGACACUCCAGAGAAUCUAGCUGUGGACUGGAUUAACAAUAAACUUUAUCUGGUAGAGACAAAAGUCAACCGCAUUGAUGUGGUCAACUUAGAUGGAAGUCAGCGUAUCACUCUCAUAACUGAAAACUUGGGGCGUCCUAGAGGAAUUGCCUUAGAUCCAACUGUGGGCUAUUUAUUUUUCUCAGAUUGGGCAAGCCUUUCUGGGCAACCCAAGUUGGAAAGAGCCUUCAUGGACGGCAGCAACCGGAAGGAUCUGGUCAAAACAAAAGUGGGGUGGCCUGCUGGGAUCACUCUGGAUCUAGUGUCCAGGAGGAUUUACUGGGUGGACUCUCGGUAUGACUACAUUGAAACGGUAACCUACGAUGGCAUUCAAAGGAAGACAGUAGCUCGUGGUGGCUCCGUUGUCCCUCAUCCCUUUGGAAUAAGCUUGUUUGAGGGACACGUGUUCUUUACUGAUUGGACAAAGCUGGCCGUGAUGAAAGCAAACAAGUUCACAGAGACCAGCCCUCAAGUGUACUACCAGUCUUCCCUGAGGCCUUACGGGGUGGCCGUUUACCACGCCCUCAGGCAGCCCAAUGCCAGCAAUCCGUGUGGAAGUAACAAUGGGGGCUGUGAACAGGUCUGUGUUCUGAGUCACAGGACAGAUAACGGCGGCCUGGGCUUCCGCUGCAAGUGUGAAUUCGGCUUUGAACUGCAUGCUGAUGAGCGCCACUGUGUUGCUGUUAGGAACUUCUUGCUCUUCUCAUCGCAAUCUGCUGUGCGAGGGAUCCCGUUUACCCUCUCCACCCAGGAAGACGUCAUGGUUCCCAUCACUGGGAGUCCUUCCUUCUUUGUUGGAAUUGAUUUUGAUGCCCAGUAUAACACCAUCUUUUUCUCUGAUUUAGCAAAGGACAUCAUUUAUAAACAAAAAAUUGAUGGCACAGGAAAAGAAGUGCUCACAGCAAACAGGUUGGGAAAUGUUGAGUGUCUGACCUUUGACUGGAUUUCAAGGAAUCUCUACUGGACAGACGGAGGGCUAAAGAGUGUCAGCGUCAUGAGGCUGGCUGAUAAGUCCCGGCGACAGAUAAUCAGCGACUUAAACACCCCGAGGUCCAUUGUGGUGCAUCCUACUGCUGGGUUUAUAUUCAUUAGUACUUGGCAACGUCCUGCUAAAAUCAUGAGAGCGUGGAGUGAUGGGUCUCGCCUAAUGUCUAUAGUCAACACUACUCUGGGGUUGCCCAAUGGUUUGGCCAUCGAUUGGAGUGCUUCAAGACUGUAUUGGGUAGAUGCCUUUUUUGAUAAAAUCGAGCACAGCACCUUCGAUGGUUUAGACAGAAAAAGACUGGACUCUGUAGCUCAGAUGACAUAUCCAUUCGGACUCACGGUUUUUAAAGAUAAUUUGUAUUUAACAGACUGGAGACUGGGCGCUAUUAUCCGAGUCAGGAAAUCAGAUGGUGGCGAUAUGGCAAUUAUUCGAAGUGGCAUCAGCAGCUUGAUGCAAGUGAAAGCAUACGAUGCGGACCUGCAGACUGGGUCUAACUACUGCAGCCAGCCCACCCAUCCCAACGGGGACUGCAGCCACUUCUGCUACCCAGCACCCAACUUCCAGAGGGUGUGUGGCUGCCCCUAUGGGAUGAAGCUUCAGAGCGAUCAAAGGACAUGUGAAGGCGACCCCAUCGGUGAGCCACCCACAGAGCAGUGUGGCUUCUUCUCUUUUGCCUGCGACAAUGGCAAGUGUGUGCCCGAUUUCUUCCGCUGUGACGGCGUGGAUGACUGUCACGAUGGCAGCGAUGAACAUCAGUGUGCUGCCUUUAAUAAUUCUUGUUCGCCCUUGGCUUUCACCUGCGCACGUGGUGGACAGUGCAUUCCUAGCCAGUGGCGCUGUGACCAACACAACGACUGUUUAGAUGGCAGUGAUGAGCAGAACUGCCCCACAAGGCCAACGUCUACCUGUCCAUCCACCUCCUUCACCUGUGACAAUCACCUGUGCAUCCCCAGAGACUGGGUCUGUGACACGGACAAUGACUGCUCUGAUGGAUCCGACGAAAGGAACUGUGGAGCUUCAACGACAUGCCAACCUACACAGUUCCGCUGCCCGGACCACCGAUGCAUCAGCCCGACGUACGUCUGUGAUGGGGAUAAGGACUGUGUUGACGGCUCUGAUGAGGCGGGCUGUGUGUUAAACUGCACGAGCUCGCAAUUCAGAUGCGCUGACGGGAGCGCGUGCAUUGGCAGCCGAUUUCAUUGUGAUGGUGUUGUUGAUUGCAAGGACAACUCUGACGAGGCAGGCUGUCCAACCAGGCCUCCCGGUAUGUGCCACCCAGAUGAGUUUCAGUGCCAAGGCGAUGGCACCUGCAUCCCCAACACCUGGGAGUGUGAUAAACAUCCCGAUUGUGUCGACGGCUCUGACGAGCACAAUGGCUGUGUCCCGAAGACCUGCCCCCCAACUCACUUCCUCUGUGACAACGGAAACUGCAUCUUCCGACCAUGGAUCUGUGACGGGGACAAUGACUGCAGGGAUAUGAGCGAUGAGAAAAACUGCCCUCCCGAGUCUUUUCGCUGUCCCUUUUGGCAGUGGCAGUGCCCAGGCCACAAUACCUGUGUCAAUCUGAAUGUCCUCUGUAAUGGCGUCUCGGACUGCCCGAAUGGGACCGAUGAGUCCCCACUUUGCAAUCAAGACAGUUGCAUACACUCCAAUGGUGGCUGUACUCAUCAGUGCAUGCAAGGGCCCUUUGGAGCCACAUGCAUAUGUCCCUCAGGAUACCAACUUGCCAACGAUUCUAAGACCUGUGAAGACGUGAAUGAAUGUGAUACUCUAGGCUUUUGCAGCCAGCAAUGUGUCAACAUGCGAGGUUCCUUCCGGUGCUCAUGUGAUGCAGAAUACACACUGGAAAGUGAUGGGCGGACUUGCAAAGUCACAGCCCCUGAAAGCCUGUUGUUAGUUGUAGCAAGCCGUGACAAAAUCAUUGUGGACAACAUCACAGCCCACACACACAACAUCUACUCACUGGUCCAGAAUGUCUCCUUCGUGGUCGCUAUUGAUUUUGAUUCAGUCACCGGCCGUGUCUUCUGGUCUGACUUACAGCAGGGCAAAACCUGGAGUGCCUUUCAAAAUGGAACAGACCAGAGAGUAGUCCACGACAGCGGCACCUCUGUGACAGAAACAGUUGCAGUUGAUUGGAUAGGUCGCAAUCUUUACUGGACAGACUACGCUCUGGAAACUAUUGAAGUCUCGAAAAUUGAUGGAAGCCAUAGGACUGUACUGAUUAACACAAAUGUCUCAAACCCCAGGGGACUAGCAUUAGAUCCCAGAAUGGGUAACCAUCUAAUGUUCUGGUCUGACUGGGGCCGUCACCCCCGGAUUGAGCGAGCCAGCAUGGACGGCACCAUGCGCACGGUCAUCGUCCAGGAAAAGAUCUUCUGGCCCUGUGGCUUAACCAUUGACUACCCCAACCGACUCGUCUACUUCAUGGACGCCUAUCUUGAUUACAUUGAAUAUUGCGAUUAUGAUGGGCGCAACCGGAAGCAGGUCAUUUCAGGUGAUUUGGUUCUCCACCAUCCUCACGCUCUGACUCUGUUCGAGGACUCUGUGUACUGGACUGACCGUGGUACUCGGCGGGUGAUGAAAGCCAACAAGUGGCAUGGGGGCAACCAGUCUGUUGAAAUGUACAACGUUCAGCAGCCUCUUGGGAUCGUUGCCAUUCAUCCUGCAAGGCAACCGUCUUCCCACAACCCAUGUGCCCUUGCUCCCUGCAGUCACCUUUGCCUGCUUUCUGCACAGGACCCUAGAUACUAUUCUUGUGCUUGUCCUUCAGGAUGGAACCUCUCUGACGAUUCUGUCAACUGCGUGAGAGGUGAUCAACCUUUCUUGAUGUCUGUAAGGAAUGAUAUAAUAUUCGGAAUCUCCCUUGACCCCGCGGUGAAGGGCAACGAUGCUAUGGUCCCCAUAGCAGGGAUACAUAAUGGUUUCAAUGUUGAAUUUGAUGACUCCGAGCAGUUCAUCUACUGGGCUGAGAACCCGGGUGAAAUUCACAGAGUGAAGACUGAUGGCAGCCGGAGGGAAGUGUUUGCUCCUCUGUCUCUGGCCGGGUUCUCCUAUAGCCUGGCCUUAGACUGGGUAUCAAGAAACCUUUAUUACACCACUUCUGCAAGUCUGUCCAUUGGGGUGGUGACACUCCGGGGAGACACGAGGUAUGGAAAAACACUGAUUACCAACGAUGGCACCUCUCUUGGCGUUGGCCUCCCAGUUGGCAUAGCAGUUGACCCAGCACGUGGGAAACUGUAUUGGUCAGACCAGGGGACGAACAGUGGGGUUCCUGCCAAGAUCGCAAGUGCUAACAUGGAUGGAACAGCUUUAAAAAUUCUCUUCACUGGGGACCUGAGUCACCUGGAGGUUGUCACCCUGGACAUCCAGGAGCAGAAGCUCUAUUGGGCGGUCUCCAGCAGAGGCGUGAUUGAAAGAGGAAACGUGGACGGUACGGAGCGGAUGAUCCUGGUGCACCACCUGGCCCACCCAUGGGGUCUUGCAGUCCACGGCCCCUUCCUUUACUACUCUGACGAGCAGUAUGAGGUUAUUGAAAGAGUCGACAAGUCCUCUGGGAGCAACAAAGUAGUCCUGAGAGAUAACGUUCCGAACUUGAGAGGUCUUCAGGUUUAUCACCGACGCAGUGCUGCUGACUCUUCCAAUGGCUGUAGCAACAACCCAAAUGCUUGCCAGCAAAUCUGCCUGCCCACACCAGGUGGAAUGUUCUCCUGCGCCUGCGCCAGUGGGUUUAAGCUUGGUCCUGAUCAUCGCUCCUGUUCCCCAUACAACUCUUUCAUUGUUGUUUCCAAGUUGUCUGCAAUUAGAGGCUUUAGCCUGGAGCUAUCGGAUCACGCAGAGGCCAUGGUGCCAGUGGCUGGCCAAGGGCGAAACGUUCUCCACGUGGAUGUGGAUGUCGCCUCUGGCUUUAUUUACUGGUGUGAUUAUAGCAGCUCUGUGAGAUCCUCUAAUGGAAUCCGUAGAAUCAAACCUGAUGGGUCUAAUUUUACCAACAUCGUUACCUACGGCAUAGGCUCAAAUGGAAUCCGGGGUAUUGCCGUGGACUGGGUAGCAGGAAAUCUUUACUUCACCAACGCCUUUGUAUAUGAAACCCUGAUAGAAGUGCUGCGGAUCAAUACCACCUACCGCCGUGUUCUCCUCAAGGUCUCAGUGGAUAUGCCGAGGCAUAUUGUUGUUGACCCCAAGAGUAGAUAUCUCUUCUGGGCUGACUAUGGGCAGAAACCGAAGAUUGAGCGUGCUUUUCUUGACUGUACCAAUCGAACUGUCCUUGUUUCUGAAGGCAUCGUCACACCUCGGGGCUUGGCAAUGGACCACAGCACUGGCUAUAUUUAUUGGGUUGACGAUUCCUUAGAUAUAGUUGCCAGGAUCCAUCUUGAUGGAGGAGAAUCUCAGGUGAUUCGUUAUGGCAGUCGUUACCCAACGCCAUAUGGAAUCACCGUUUUUGGAGACUAUAUCAUAUGGGUUGAUAGAAAUUUGAAAAAAGUCUUCCAAGCUAGCAAGGAACCAGGGAAUACAGAUCCACCUGUGGUGAUAAGAGACAACAUCAACCUGCUACGGGACGUGACCGUCUUUGAUGAGCAUGCCCAGCCCCUCUCAGCAGCAGAUCUUGACAACAACCCUUGCUUGCAAAGUAAUGGUGGCUGUGCCCACUUCUGCUUUGCCCUACCUGAGUUGUCCACCCCCAAGUGUGGGUGUGCCUUUGGUGCUCUAGGAGACGAUGGCAAGAGCUGUGCCACCUCAAGAGAAGAUUUUCUCAUCUAUACCCUGAACAAUUCCUUGAGGAGCUUACACUUUGACCCUGAAGACCAUAGCCCACCUUUCCAAGAGAUAAAUGUGAGAAGAACCGCCAUUGCUCUGGACUAUGACCACAGAAAUAAUAGAAUCUUCUUCACACAAAAGCUAAGCUCUGUCCGUGGCCAGAUUUCCUAUGUCAGCCUGUAUUCAGGGACCAGCUCUCCAGUGGUCCUACUUUCAGAUAUAGGUAUUUGUGAUGGGAUUGCCUUUGACUGGAUAAACAGAAGAAUUUAUUACAGUGACUAUACAAACCAGACGAUCAAUUCUGUGGCUGAAGAUGGAUCUAAGCGUGCAGUGAUAGCCCGUGUUUCCAAACCGAGAGCGAUCGUAUUAGAUCCUUGCCGAGGGUACAUGUAUUGGACUGACUGGGGUACUAAUGCCAAGAUCGAGAGAGCCACACUGGGAGGAAACUUCCGCGUCCCCAUUGUGAACACCAGCCUGGUUUGGCCCAACGGACUCACUUUGGACCUUGAGACUGACCUUCUUUACUGGGCAGAUGCUAGCCUGCAGAAGAUAGAGCGCAGUACUCUGAGGGGCACCAACCGCGAAGUCAUUGUCAGCACCACUUUUCUCGCGUUUGGCUUGACUGUCUACGGCCAGCACGUUUACUGGACAGACAUCUCCACCAAGAAGAUCUACCGUGCCAACAAAUACGAUGGGUCAGCUCUGAUUGCGAUGACCACUCCUUUGCCCGUGCAGCCCAGGGGGAUCUCCAGAGUUCUCAGAACACAGCAGCAGCAGUGCAGCAACCCUUGUGACCAGUUUAAUGGAGGGUGCAGCCAUAUCUGUGCACCAGGACCAAAUGGAGCCGAGUGUCAGUGCCCACACGAAGGCAGCUGGUAUCUGGCCAACGAUGAUAAGCACUGCAUUGCGGACACAGGCACCCGGUGUAGCCAGUCCCAGUUCACCUGCCUCAAUGGGCGCUGCAUCCCACCGGAUUGGAAAUGUGAUAAUGACAAUGACUGCGGCGACGGCAGUGACGAGCUGGAGACCGUCUGUGCCUUUCACACGUGCCGAUCAACAGCCUUCACUUGCGGCAACGGGCGCUGCGUCCCGUACAGCUAUCGCUGUGAUUACUACGACGACUGUGGUGACAACAGCGACGAGGUGGGGUGCCUGUUCAGGAGCUGCAACAGCACCACGGAGUUCACCUGCGGCAAUGGGCGCUGCAUCCCUCUCAGCCGCGUCUGCAACGGCGUUGACAACUGCUUUGACAAUGGCACCACAGACGAGAAAAACUGCCCUCCCCGUACUUGCCCGCCUACCCACAUAAAGUGCGCAACUACAAAUAUUUGUGUUUCCCGGGCUUUCCUGUGUGACGGGGACAAUGACUGCAGAGAUAUGAGCGAUGAAAACCCCAUGUACUGCGCCGCACAAACAUGCAGCAGCAGCGAGUUCCGGUGCGUAUCCAGUCAUCGCUGUAUUCCAAACUUUUGGCACUGUGAUGGCGAAGCCGACUGUCCCGACAGCUCUGAUGAACCGGACACUUGUGUUCAGACUGUGAACACCUGCUCGGCUAACCAGUUCCAGUGUGACAAUGGCAGGUGUAUCUCGAGUAGCUGGAUCUGUGACGAUGACAACGACUGUGGGGACAUGAGCGAUGAGGACCAACGGCAUCAGUGCGCGCUCAGGAACUGCUCCGCUUUCCAGUUUGCCUGCAGAAAUGACCGGCCUCCAAGAAGGAGGUGCAUCCCGCAGUCCUGGGUCUGUGAUGGCGAUGCAGAUUGUGGCGACGCCCUCGAUGAGCUGCAGAACUGCACCAGGAGAAGCUGCUCUGCAGGAGAGUUCACCUGUGCAAAUGGGCGGUGUAUCAUGCAAUCGUUCAGGUGCGAUCGGCGCAAUGACUGUGGCGACUACAGCGACGAGAGGGGCUGCACAUACCCACCCUGCCGCGACAAUCAGUUCACCUGUCAGAACGGGCGAUGCAUCUCCAGGUACUUUGUCUGCGACGAGGACAAUGACUGUGGAGACGGGUCAGAUGAACAGGAGCACCUCUGCCACACCCCGGAACCCACGUGCCCCCCUCACCAGUUCCGCUGUGACAACGGGAACUGCAUCGACAUGGGGAAAGUCUGUAACCAUUUGGACGAUUGCUCGGACAACAGUGAUGAGAAAGGAUGCGGCAUUAAUGAGUGCCAGGAUUCGUCAAUCAGUCGCUGUGACCACAACUGUACAGACACCAUAACCAGUUUCUUCUGUUCCUGUCUCCCUGGGUAUAAGCUCAUGCCCGACAAACGCACUUGUGUGGAUAUCGAUGAAUGCAAGGAGUCGCCCCAACUCUGUAGCCAGAAGUGUGAGAAUGUAGUUGGUUCCUACAUCUGCAAGUGCGCCCCGGGCUACAUCCGCGAGCCAGAUGGGAGGACCUGUCGGCAGAAUAGCAACAUCGAGCCCUACCUCAUCUUUAGCAACCGGUACUAUCUGAGAAACCUAACCACAGACGGUGCGUUUUACUCCCUGAUUUUGCAAGGCCUGGGCAACGUGGUGGCCCUGGAUUUUGAUAGAGUAGAGAAGAGGCUGUACUGGAUUGAUGCCGAGAAGAAAAUCAUUGAGCGGAUGUUUUUGAAUAAGACGAACCGGGAGACGAUCAUAAGCCACAGAUUACUACGUGCUGAAAGUCUGGCUGUAGAUUGGGUCAGCAGAAAACUCUAUUGGUUGGAUGCCGCCCUGGAUUGCCUGUUUGUCUCCGACCUUGAAGGCCGACACCGCAGAAUGCUAGCCCAGCAUUGUGUGGAUGCCAACAAUACCUUCUGCUUUGAAAAUCCCAGGGGAAUUGUCCUUCAUCCUCAAAAUGGGCAUGUCUACUGGGCCGACUGGGGUUCCCGAGCAUACAUCGCGAGAACUGGCAUGGAUGGGAACAAUAAAUCCGUGAUUAUCUCUACCAAGAUUACAUGGCCCAAUGCCAUCACGAUUGACUACACCAAUGAUCUCUUGUACUGGGCAGAUGCUCACCUGGGCUACAUCGAGUUCUCUGAUUUGGAUGGCCACCACCGACAGACAGUGUAUGAUGGAACUCUGCCUCACCCCUUCGCUCUCACCGUUUUUGAAGACACGAUUUUCUGGACGGAUUGGAAUACAAGGACAAUCGAAAAGGGGAACAAGUACGAUGGGUCAAAUAGGGUGGUGCUGGCGAACACCACGCACAGACCCUUUGACAUCCACGUGUACCAUCCGUACAGGCAGCCGAUCGUGAGCAACCCCUGUGGUACCAACAAUGGUGGCUGUUCUCAUCUGUGCCUCAUCAAAGCCGGAGGGAGAGGCUUCACCUGCGAGUGUCCAGACGACUUCCAGACUGUUCAGCUGCGAGGCCGAACGCUCUGCAUGCCCAUGUGCUCCAGCACGCAGUUCCUCUGCGGAAACAAUGAGAAGUGUAUCCCCAUAUGGUGGAAAUGUGAUGGGCAGAAAGAUUGCGCGGAUGGUUCUGAUGAACCAGACACGUGCCCGCACCGCUUCUGUCGUCUGGGACAGUUCCAAUGCCAGGAUGGCAACUGUACAAGCCCCCAGGCCUUGUGCAAUGCUCAACAGGAUUGUGCCGAUGGCUCUGAUGAAGACCGUGCUCUCUGUGAGCAUCACCGGUGUGAAGCCAACGAAUGGCAGUGUGCCAACAAGCGCUGCAUCCCAGAGGCCUGGCAGUGUGACUCGGUGAACGAUUGCCAGGACAACUCGGAUGAAGAGAGUUCGCACUGUGGCAGCAGGACCUGCAAGCCCGGCCAGUUCAGGUGCAACAACGGCCGCUGCAUCCCUCAGAGCUGGAAGUGUGAUGUGGACAACGACUGUGGAGACUAUUCCGACGAGCCUAUCCACGAAUGCAUGACAGCUGCCUAUAACUGUGACAACCACACGGAAUUCAGCUGCAAGACUAACUACCGCUGCAUCCCAAAGUGGGCCGUGUGCAAUGGCGCCGAUGACUGCAGGGACAACAGUGACGAGCAAGGCUGUGAGUCUGUGCCAUGCGGUCCUGGGGAUUUCCGAUGUAGAAACCACCAGUGCAUCCCUCUCCGCUGGCAGUGUGAUGCCUAUGACGACUGUGGUGAUAACUCCGAUGAGGAGAGCUGUGUUCCUCGGGAGUGCACAGAGAGUGAGUUUCGAUGUGCAGAUCAGCAAUGCAUCCCCUCUCGAUGGGUCUGUGACCAAGAAAAUGACUGUGGAGACAACUCGGAUGAACGGGAUUGUGAGAUGAAGACGUGCCACCCCGAACAUUUUCAGUGUGCGAGUGGACACUGUGUGCCCAACGCAUUGACGUGUGAUGGGAGAGCAGAUUGUCUGGACGCUUCCGAUGAAUCCAGUUGUCCUACUCGCUUUCCCAACGGCACCUACUGCCCAGCUGCCAUGUUUGAGUGUAAAAACCACGUGUGUAUCCAGUCGUUUUGGGUCUGUGACGGAGAAAACGACUGUGUUGACGGCUCUGAUGAGGAACUUCACCUGUGCUUCAAUGUUCCAUGUGAGUCGCCGCAUCGUUUCCGGUGUGACAACAGUCGCUGUAUUUAUGGUCACCAGCUUUGCAAUGGUGUGGAUGACUGCGGAGACGGGACCGAUGAGAAAGAAGAACACUGCAGAAAACCAACCCAGAGACCUUGCACACAAACUGAAUAUAAGUGCAGCAAUGGAAACUGCAUUUCGCAGCACUAUGUGUGUGACAACGUCGAUGACUGUGGUGACCUUUCUGACGAAAAUGGUUGCAAUCUAGGAACAAACAGAACAUGUGCUGAAAACAUCUGUGAACAGAACUGUACCCAGUUAAGCAACGGAGGAUUUAUCUGCUCCUGUAGACCUGGGUUCAAAUCUAGUACUCUGGACAGAAAUUCCUGCCAAGACAUCAAUGAAUGUGAGGAAUUUGGCAUCUGCCCCCAGAGCUGCCGAAAUAGCAAAGGAAGUUAUGAAUGUUUCUGUGUGGAUGGCUUCCAGUCUAUGAGUAGCCAUUAUGGAGAGCGGUGUGCCGCUGACGGUAACCCUCCUCUGCUGCUCCUGCCCGAGAACGUUCGAAUCCGGAAGUACAAUGUCUCAUCUGAGAAGUUCUCCGAGUAUUUGGAAGAGGGGGAACAUAUCCAAACCGUUGACUAUGACUGGGACCCCGAGGGCACGGGUGUCAGUGUUCUCUAUUACACUGUGCUGGGCCAGGGCUCUGAAUUUGGCGCCAUCAAACGAGCCUACAUUCCUGACUUUGAAUCUGGUAGCAAUAAUCCCAUUCGUGAAGUUGACCUGGGCCUGAAAUACUUAAUGCAGCCAGAUGGAUUAGCCGUGGACUGGGUUGGAAGGCAUAUCUACUGGACAGAUGCCAAGAGCCAGCGGAUUGAGGUGGCCAUGCUUGAUGGAAGGUACCGGAAGUGGCUGAUUACUACUGAUCUGGAUCAGCCAGCUGCCAUCGUUGUGAAUCCUAGGCUAGGGCUCAUGUUCUGGACCGACCAGGGAAAGCAGCCUAAAAUCGAGUCUGCCUGGAUGAAUGGGGAACAUCGCACUGUUCUGGUUUCUCAGGACCUUGGCUGGCCAAAUGGCCUGUCCAUAGAUUAUCUGAACGAUGACCGGAUCUAUUGGAGCGACUCCAAAGAAGACGUGAUUGAAACAAUAAAAUAUGAUGGGACCGACAGGAGAGUCAUCAUAAACGAAGCAAUGAGGCCAUUCAGCCUGGACAUCUUUGAAGACCAGCUGUACUGGGUAGCUAAGGAGAAGGGAGAAGUGUGGAGACAGAAUAAAUUUGGGAAAGGAAACAAAGCGAAGGUGCUGGUGGUGAACCCAUGGCUCACGCAAGUUCGAGUCUUCCAUCAACUGAGAUACAAUCAGUCAGUGUCCAACCCUUGCAAGCAGGUCUGUAGCCACCUCUGCCUGCUGAGACCAGGAGGCUACACCUGCGCCUGCCCCCAAGGCUCCGGCUUCUUAAGUGGCAGCGCUGUGGCUUGUGAUGCAGCCAGCGAACUUCCCAUCACCAUGCCUCCCCCAUGCAGGUGCAUGCACGGAGGAAGUUGCUAUUUUGAUGAGAAUGACCUCCCCAAAUGCAAGUGUUCUAGCGGCUACAAUGGGGAACACUGUGAAGUUGGGCUCUCAAGUGGCAUCCCUCCUGGGACAACAAUGGCUUUGCUGUUGACAUUCCUGAUGAUCAUCAUCAUUGGAGCUCUGGUACUCGUUGGAUUUUUACACUAUAGAAAAACUGGUUCCCUUUUACCUACUUUGCCCAAGCUGCCAAGCUUAAGCAGCCUCGCCAAACCCUCUGAAAAUGGAAAUGGGGUGACCUUCAGAUCAGGGACUGAUGUUAACAUGGAUAUCGGCGUGUCCCCUUUUGGCCCGGAGACAAUUAUUGAUAGAUCCAUGGCAAUGAAUGAGCACUUCAUCAUGGAGGUGGGGAAGCAGCCUGUGGUAUUUGAAAACCCGACAUAUGCAGCCAAGGAUAACACGUCCAAAGUGGUCUCAGCAGCUCAGGGGCCAUCAAUAGGCUCACAGGUGACUGUAUCAGAAAAUGUGGAAAACCAGAAUUAUGGAAGUCCCAUAGAUCCUUCGGAGAUCGUUCCAGAGCCGAAGCCAGCCUCCCCGGGUGCCGAUGAAAGUCAGGGUGCAAAAUGGAACAUCUUCAAACGAAAACCCAAACAGACCACGAAUUUUGAAAAUCCGAUCUACGCAGAGAAGGACAGUGAGCAGCAGGAAGGUGUGACUGUGGCCCCCCCUCCAUCACCUUCUCUCCCCGCUAAAGCUUCAAAAAGGCAAUCAACCCCAGGCUACAGUGCAACAGAAGACACCUUCAAGGAUACUGCAAACCUUGUUAAAGAGGAUUCGGAUGUAUAGCCAUGCCUGCUCUCUAGGGAAUCUGUAGACACUCACUUUUGCACAUAUAUUUUUUACAGACAAAUGAAGAGUUAA